AUGUUUAAAUACUUCCGGAAGGAUUUCACACAUCGCUUGCCAAAAGACCAGAGACGAAGCUCACGGUUGGUGUCAAAAGAUGGAAGGUGUAAUAUAGAGUUUGGGAACGUAGAAGAGCAGUCAAGGUUUGUCUUCUUGGUUGACAUCUGGACCACCGUCCUGGACCUCAAAUGGAGAUACAAAAUGACCAUCUUCAUUUCUGCAUUCUUAGGGAGCUGGUUCUUGUUUGGCCUUCUUUGGUAUGCAGUGGCAUACCUCCACGGUGAUCUGCCAGAGCUCAAUCCUUCAAUUAAUCAUACGCCAUGUGUAGAAAAUAUCAAUGGCUUGACAUCAUCUUUCCUGUUCUCCUUGGAGACUCAGGUCACCAUCGGCUACGGAUUCCGGUGUGUUACAGAGCAAUGUGCCACUGCCAUUUUCUUGUUGAUCUUCCAAUCUAUCCUAGGGGUGAUCAUAAACUCCUUUAUGUGUGGAGCUAUUUUGGCCAAAAUCUCUAGGGCCAAGAAGAGAGCGAAAACAAUAACAUUCAGUAAGAAUGCUGUUAUCAGCAAACGGGGUGGGAAACUGUGUCUCCUCAUUAGGGUGGCCAACCUCAGGAAAAGCCUUUUGAUUGGGAGUCAUAUCUAUGGCAAGCUCUUGAAAACCACCAUCACACCUGAAGGAGAGACAAUAAUCUUGGAUCAAGUCAACAUAGACUUUCAAGUUGAUGCUGGCAAUGAGAACCUCUUCUUCAUCUCCCCCUUGACCAUUUAUCAUGCAAUCGAUAAGCACAGCCCUUUCUUUCACAUGACGGCAGACACUCUCCACCAACAGGACUUUGAGCUGGUGGUGUUUCUAGAUGGAACUGUGGAAUCUACCAGUGCAACGUGCCAAGUCAGAACAUCCUACAUUGCUGAGGAAGUCCUGUGGGGCCAUCGUUUUGCUCCUAUUGUUUCCAGGACCAAAGAAGGCAAGUACAGAGUGGAUUUUCACAACUUCAGCAAAACUGUGGAGGUGGAAACCCCUCACUGCGCCUUUUGCCUCUACAACGAGAAAGACGCUAAAGCCAAAGCCAAGAUGGGAUAUGACAAUCCCGCCUUUGUGUUUCAAGAAGUUAAUGAAGCCAGUGAAACAAAAAUGUAAUGCUGACUGCUAAGGGGACUGGAGUUCUUAUUUUAUAUAUAUAUAAAACCAGGACGUAAAACCUGUAUAUAUUUGAGCACAAAUAAACAAAAGAAA